CCCUCACAGACCCGGCGGCGGCGGGUCCGGGUCCGGGUCCUGUAGGGGGGCGGUGGGGGGGCCUGCCCCAUCGGAGGACGGGCAGCGAGUGCAGGCCCCUUCCUGACAGCAGCCUCACUGCUGAGGGGUUGUAGCCCCUCGGACCCCGAGGCCUAGCACUGCGGGGACUCCUGGGGCCCUGUCCUGCCGGAGGUGAGGAAGCGCCGUGCUGCCCCUGGAGUAAUUAUUGUCGUAAAGGCCUCUGGCCUGAAGGGCUAAAUGGGGUCUCAGGCACGAGCAGCAUCCCGGUACUGCGACCCGAACCCCAUCUUUGGUGAGGUGGCUCCGGAGGUUAUCGAGGACAUGCUGAUCCAGCUGGCCACAGAGAACGAGCAGUACCUGAGCGAGCUGUCGGAUCAGGCCGGAUGCUUCAAAGAGACACGGACAGUGGAAUUUAUAUUCCUUUUGUCUGAAAAAUGGCACUUGGACCAGUCGACAAGGUACCAAGCGGUGGAGUUACUUGAAAGGUUUAUGAUCAAGCAACUAGAACAAAUUUAUGAGUCCUCAAGAGAAAACGUUAAAAGUUGUGAACAAGGACAAGGCAGCAGCAGGAGCUCUCUGAAAGAUCAGAUAUAUGACACGUUUGUCCUGCGACUUGUGUCGUGCAUUCAGCUUGCGAGCAAACUUUCCUUACACUAUAAUAUAGUUAACAGUGACACAGCUUUAAAAUUUCUACAAUCCUUAAAAUACUCAUACACUAAACAGGAAUUGCUGGAGUCGGAACUCGCCGUUUUAAAAAGUCUGCACUUCCAGAUCAACGUGUCAACUCCCUUGGCUUACGUGGAGUUGCUUCUUGAGGUUUUAGGACACAACGGCUUCCUGCUUCCUGCAAAGCCCUUGCAUAAGAUGUGUUUGCAGCUCCUGGACUUCUCCUACCUUACCAGGGAUUCCAUCUACGACACGUUGUUGAAAGUUGCCAUUGAGAAUUCCACACCGAGCAAACUGCAGGUAGCAAAGUUUUUGACCGUAAAGGAAGAUUUCAUGCUCUUGGCUGUUGGAAUCAUCAGCACAAGCGUGUUCAUACUGAACCCUGAGCACUGGAAGCAGGUUGUGGAGCAUUUGAACUGUAUCACUGGCAUUACCUCACAAAGUAUCUUAGAAUUUUCUUACGCAGUGCUGAAACACAUUGUUGGCAGCCCCACUCCGGAGCAGCACUAUGGGAACAGCAGAACAAAAGUCCCAGAGAACAGAAUUCUGCCUCUUAAAUAAAUAGCACUAUCUGCUGUGGCCAGUCCUUAGUGUAUCAGCAGCAAACUGUUAGGCUGCUGAUAAUGGUCCCUCCUCUGGGGUUCUGCAGAGGGCACCCAAUGCAAUUUAGUUCUACUUUUGGUUCUGAACACCAACUGUUCUGUAACAUUUUGUGUGUUAGGUGUUAAUUAGAAAAGCUUGCCCUUUCAGGCAGUGCUGUGAAGGGGGGCACAGAGGGGCUAAGUAGCAUUUAGAAAUAACCUCUUUCAGCACUAAAAGAUUUAUUGUAAGAGCUACGUGUUUCAGUUAUGAAUAUGUUUGCUUUGAAUAAAGGGAAAUCCCUAAGAAGAGUCAUGUUUUGAGAAUAACGUGCACGGGGUUCUGCUCGGCAGCUGCUAUCGCUGGAGGCAGCUCACAGGCCCAGCCAUUACAAACAGGCUGUACUUUUUCUCCACUUGCUGCUUUUUAAAAAAUUAACGAUUGUCUGGGGCAGCCUGGAUGCUUUUAGCGUGCUCCCUGUUUGCCUGGGCCUCAAGAGAGCCAACAGCUGAGCUGUGAAAGGGACAGAAUCCCACCCAUUUUGAAAGUGAUUGCAAUUGUUGUGACAACAGCAGGUGUGUCUCUGGCACAUCCUGUAGGUGCCAGGGGGUGCCUGUGCUGUGCCAGGUGUAUGCCAGAUGAGAGCACUCUUGGUGUAGAAUAGCAUUUUAUUAUUUACUCAACGCAC